AUCCAGACCGUACCGCGAAGAAAACACUUCACUUAACCAUUAGAAGUCGAAUCAGGCGGUACCACAUAAGAUUUAACAAAAGAACAUCCCGGUCAAAGCCUUAAGUAUAGAAACGACUGAACCGAAUUAAGUUAAAUUACUUGCGUUUUUAAUUAGGUCCAGUCUCUAUGGAUAAACAACUGCGAAUGAUUCACAGUGGUACAAUGUAAACAUAUGAAAAUAUGCCACCAGGAGUUUAAAAACUGGUACAGCUGUCUUAACAUUACGAAAUUAUAAUUGUUAACGUUUCUAAUUAACUGCAUAUUAUUUUUGUUUGCGAUUCAGAAGUCAGGAGGCGUUAAAACGCGUUAUGCAAGGCACAUAAUUUAAAAAAAAAAAUGUAAGAAAAAAGUUUGCAACAUUUGCCCAUAGGAGUGAAGUCAUGCGACUAGAUGUCAUCGCUCUACGUCUGUCUCAGGGUUCCCUAGGUUGCAGGCCUCUGACUAGCCUCGUUUUACUCAGUACUUGGCAGCCAGUGUUGUGUGAACAGCGUUGUAGGUACGACGUUCGGGCGUUAGAGUUGGUAGAAAGACCAAGUUUCUGUGCGAUGGUUCUGUGUUCUCAAACACAGCAUCGACUUGUGAAUUCCUAUAUCAGGCCUACUUCAGUUUCUGACGUAGCAAGUGAAUAUGAAUUUUAUAUUUUUUGUUUCGAUUUUACAAAAAAAAACAAAAACUGUCUGCUAAUUUAGUAUCGUCAACUAGAAAGUACCUCGAGUAUUAACAAUACAGUCUUCAGUAUUUGUGUUGAUACCACGCUAUUAAACCAAAGGAAUUAACGUUGUACAAAAUCCCACGUUCAAGUUUUCAAUCGCUGUGAACUAUUUAUUUGUUAACUGUGGACUUUAGACGCACGUGGACUCGGCCUACAUCAAUUAUCUAAUGAUCUGUGGGCAUGUCAGUGAUGUAGAACUUAACGAUACAUGGACUCUGGAUAAAUAAAUUUACUACUAUUUAGUUGCGUGUCACGGAAUAGUUUAAUUACAUUUCUAAACCUAAUUAUUAUCAGUCUAGUGAGGAAAUUGUAAGGGCAUAAUUUAUAAAAAAAAUUGUGGGCAAAAGACCCUUUCUGAAUCGAAUGAAAUUAUACGACAGUCAGAGAACAACAUGAAGCUAAGUGAUCAACGUACACCGAAGACAGCGUGCUGUCUGAAGAGUCCAUCUACGGCAUCCAUGGAACACAGACUCCAGGAGACAACACUGACAACUACCAGCGGUACUGACGAGGUGAUGACAGUGCCUCCUCAGCAGCAGAUGAAUAACAACAACAAAUUACACGCUGUUAACCACCAAAAAAUUCAACACCGGUUCCCCAAGAAACUAGCUGUUGACAUUGAGUUCACAGACAUCUACUACAGAACCAAUGUGUGGUCACUGCAGCACAUAAAACCAGAGAAGAAGGAGAUUCUACAUGGGGUCAGCGGUGAAUUUCGGUCUGGGGAGCUCACGGCCAUCAUGGGACCAUCUGGAGCAGGCAAGAGCACGCUCGUCAACAUCCUCGCUGGCUACAAGAUACGCGGAGUGGAUGGGACGGUAAAGGUGAACGGCCGGGACAGAAGUAAGGACCCCAGGGAGAAUUUCUCGCGACUGUCUUGCUACAUCAUGCAGGACGAUGCCCUGCGACCGGCACUCACCGUUUUGGAGGCCAUGACCUUGGUGGCACACCUGAGACUCGGCUACCUCACAUCACACAACCAGAAAAAGAAACAGAUUUUUGACUUGUUAGACAUGCUGGGAUUGGUCGAGCAUGCGCAGACUCGAACCCAAUCGCUAUCUGGCGGACAGAAGAAGAGAUUGUCUAUCGCCCUGGAACUGAUCACCAACCCUCCCGUUCUCUUCCUGGACGAACCAACUACUGGGCUUGAUAGUUCCUCGUGCUCUCAAUGUGUGUCACUACUGAAGCUGCUAGCCCAACAGGGCCGUACCGUCGUGUGUACAAUUCACCAGCCCAGCGCUCUGCUCUUCGAAAUGUUCGACCAUUUGUAUGCCGUGGCUGACGGCAAUUGCAUAUACCAGGGCAGCAUCAAGGGGCUUAUCCCCUUCUUCAAAGACAUGGGGCUAACGUGUCCCGCCUACCACAACCCGGCUGAUUACCUAAUUGAAGUGGCGAUUGGAGAGUACGACGCGGACGUUACGGUCCUGGUGGCGGAAGCUGCAAAGAGUGUUGGCGAGCGGCGGAAGUUGCCUAAGAUCAUAACUGGAGCAAAUGAAGAAGUUAUUGAAACUAUUUCUGAAACGACCGCGGAUUGUCGGCAACCACCUCUGCAGUUGGCAAGUCUGGCGAGCAGCGAGGACUCGUCUAUUCAUGAGAUUUGCGAACAAUCCCCAGUUUCAGCGUCGCUCUUUGCUCAGUUCUCAUUGCUGUAUUACAGGAAUCUAAUGGUACUCUGUAGAAAUUAUAAACACUUUAUGAUACGCAUUGGGGCUCACUUGGUUAUUGGACUGGUAUUUGGAUUCCUGUAUCGAGGAGUGGGUUCAAAGGCCGACGCAGUGUUCGCCAACUACGUCUAUCUGUACGGUACUACUCUGUUCCUCGUGUACACUGGCACGAUGGCGGUCACUGUUUCAUUUCCACUGGAGAUGAACACGCUCAAGAAAGAAUACUUCAAUAACUGGUAUUCGCUGGUGCCUUGUUUCUUAGCCGUGAUACUGGUAGAGAUACCAAUCCAGAUCUUGGGUUCCUUCAUUUACAUCGCAGUCAGCUACGCUUACACGGAACAGCCGUGGGAGGAAUACAGAAUCCUUCUCUUCCUCAUGGUGUGUGUUACAGUGACGCUCACCGCUCAAGCUGCUGGGUUCUUUAUCGGUGUCAUAGCGCCACUGAAGAUUGCCGUGUUUUUGAGCCCCACGAUUGCGGUGCUGCUGUCAACUUUUGGUUUUAAUAUCUUUCACCAUGACAUCCCGAGCUACUUUCUGUGGAUGUAUCACAUCAGUUACUUCCGGGCUGCGUUUCACAGUCUCGUGGUGUCCAUGUAUGGCCAGAACAGAACCACCUUGCCUUGUGAACAGUUAUACUGCCAUUAUAAAUAUCCUGAAAAAUUCCUUUACGAGAUGGACAUUCGUGACGUCGACAUAAGUGAUAACACGAUUUACGUCAGUACCGUUGGCUUACUGUUGCACGUGUGUACACUUCUAGCCAUUUGGUUUAAACUAAUCAGAAGGUAAGAAGAAUUGUUUCUGUAGAGAUUCAAAGUUUUUACUCCCACAAGACAGAAGUUACUGCAUUCUACUGAUGAAAGUUUAAUUGAACGUCGAUCAUUCUACAAGUGUCGCUUACAUUUAUGACUAAAACAGAUGAUUUCUGGUUUCCGUGCUGAUUCGGUACUCAUACAGAUCCUAUUUUGGGGUGAAACUUUAGAUUUGAAUUGUACUGAUGAUAUUUUGGAGACUAUUAAUAUCUCCAUCUGCGGUAACACUGGCAUACUCUUAUAUUAAAAGUCUACUUGUCAGUGGGUACCACCCCAUUUGAUCUGUCGAGUGAUAUUCAAUAAACAUUGAAACAGAAACAUGUAAUUUUAGGCUUGGGGCCACACGGCCGUACAAAGUACGUCCGUUGUAACGCACAUCGUCCGUCAUAGAAUUAUGAAGGGGCGAGACCGCAGAACGCGACGGCUUCUUCCGGCUCUGUUGGGGCAACUGACGCAUCACACUGGGCUCGUGUGGUGUCCUCGCCCACGUCCGUUGCGACGGACGUACUUUGUACGGUCGUGUGGCCAGGGUCUUAAAGGAAUGAUCUCUUUAUAUAACCGGCGCGAUCGAUGUGUGCCUGUGGGGAAGGGUUUCGGAAGGAGAGGAAUAAUAAUAAAAAAAAUUAGCCUUACUAGGGCUACAUAAAAUUGAAAGAGAUAGAAAAACAGAAUCCACACUAGCGAGUCAGUAUUAUUUAUUCAUAAUAACAGUUUCACCUUAAAAAAUAAUCUUCGCAACUCGGUAGUUUGCUAUUCUCUAUUCAUUUCAAAAUAUUUGUGGAGUAACACAAGUUUUAUGGCUCCCAUACUUAUGUCGCAUAGACGCAAUAUUUUUGUGCUGUUCUCUGAAUUUGUUAACAGUUCCAAAAUUUUAUAAGAAAUUUAAAGAUGCCGACAAUUAUAUUCAGGUUUGAUUAGUUUUUUAUUACUGAUCAAUUUUCAAAUAUACAGCAUGCAUUCAUUCAGUUAACGAUCAACUUUCUCAGUAUGUGCCUCAGCCCAAAGAUUUUUCAUAUUAUGCGGUUCAGUUAACAACUAGUCAAGUUUUCUAAUAGCGUGCUAUGAGUAAUUAACACGGCAAUCGACCGUACCAGAUGCUCCAUAAACGGGGUUACACAUGAAUCAGCGAAACAGUAUUUUGGUACUGUCCGCAUGUGUAACAUUAACACUUAAUAUUUUGUUACACAUUCUACGCGAGUGACUGUAGUGUUGUAGUUUUAGAGAAUUUAUACUUUGAACGCAGUGGAACCUUUAUAAUUUUUUUUUUAAUUCAGUAAUGCGGCCAAACUUGUAGACCCGUGUUUUGGGUGUCGGAAUAUCGAGUCAAAAAUUACGACCGGAUACCCGUAAUUCAGAAUUAAUACCACUUUAGUCCGAAGUCGAUGUAAAAACUUUGUAAUCGUAUUUAAACAUUUUUUGAAAAUUGUUUUCUGUUCCUUAACUUUUAGGUAUUACUCCCCUUUAACCUGGCACGAGAAGUACUCAUUUCUGUAAAUAAUUUCAUUGGGUUCCUGCCCCUAUAAACCACUGCGUGGGGUACGCAGAAGGCCGCUAACAAUUUGCUUUAGAAAAAUUAAGGUUCUACUGUCAAUACAUUCAUGUAAAGGCUACGUGCAAUUGAAGGAAAUGGCAUUGCAGAUGCUUGAGCAAAAAUAAUGUUCCUGUAACUGAAGAUGUGAGACAUUGAAGUUUAAUUUUUUUUGGUAUUCGUACUAUUUUUGUAAAAUACGUGAUUUAGUUUAAAUCAAUCGUGUAAUUAAUCUGUGUUAGAGAACUAUCUUAGUAAUUUCAUUAUGUAGAUAGCGCUGAUAGUUUUGUGUUUCAGGCUUCUUUGUAAUGAGACAGUUUUUUAAAAGGUACUCAGAAAAUUUGAGUACGUGUGGUUUUUCAACUGGAAUUUGAAACUUUGACGCUAUAUUAAGGUGUGCAUUUCAAUCAAAAACUAUUUUUUUAUUCUAAAAUAGGCCAGUAUGCAUCAUUACUUCUAUCGAAAAGCACCAAAUACUUUUCAGAACACGUCUACAGAAAUUACUUUUAAACGUAUUUAUAACAUAAUUCUUGCCUACGUAUGUCUUUUUAUGCGUUGCGUGGAAACCGUGCGAAAUCAACAAAAAAUGUGUUUGAAGAAGUCGCGUCGUCUGAAAGCCAAACCCACUGACGGACUGGCCGCAAUUACCGGGAGGCAAAUGAACUUAAAAACUGUGUUUCAGACUGAAAUAUUUGAACCCCCUAUUUACGUAAGGACACAAAUUCUUAUUGUAUUUUAUAAAUAUUCGUCAGAUUUAAAAAUGCCUCAGAUACAGACUAUUCUGUGAUAAUAUUUUAAUGUUGCGUUACAUAUUCUUUUGUGCAGUGCGCAAGAUUCGCUUAUAGAUUUUUUGAACAUGCUUAUUUCCGUUUUUCUUCAAAACUGACAUUAUUCGACUUUAAUCCUGCGUACCUAUUUACUUGUCAGAUUUUUGUCUUAACGUAGGAGCCAUUGCACAGCUUACGUUACGUUACUUAAUAUUACUUUUGACGAAACAUUACAAAGUGAGCUGCAUGCAUGUGAAUUUACAAGAAUUCUAUUAUGUACAUAAAUACUGCAUAUUCAUACUUAUGUAGUAGCACCAGUAUAAAUACUAUCUUGAGGAUAAAUUCAAAGAUUAUGGUAGACGUUAGAAAACAGAUUCGGAAUACUCGACACAUGGAUAAUUCGAGUCGAGUGCCAGAUAAAAUGUAUUAGCAGUCUGUGAUUAUAUAAUUCAACACUUAUUUAAAACAAAUUAGUCUUUGUUAAAAUGUUACGUUUGCAUGUAGUUUGUAGUAUAAAUAUCUGCACCGUAAAUGCGUGUUAUUUCUUUAUAUUUUUAUUCAGUGUCUUACGAAGUUCAUUCCAAUACUACGCAAGAAUUAUAAACAUAUAAAUGUACAUAAGCCGGUCACAGUGGCCGCGCGGUCUGAGGCGUGGGCCUUAUGUCGCUUGGUCGCUGGGACCGUGGGUUCGAAUCCCACUCAAGCCAUGGAUGUCUGUCCGCGUUGUCCUGUGUACAGGUAGAGGCCUUGCGACGACCCGAUCACUCAUCCAAGGAGUCCUACCAUAUUUCUAACAGAUCAAGAAACCUCCUAAAAUGGAGGCCCGUAUGCUCCACAUAGGAGCGAAAAGUGUAUAAAAACACAUAACCUCAUUUGUAUGUAAUACAUAUAUGAUACGAUUAUGUAUGCAUUCUUUAAAUGUAGUAAAAAUAAUUACAAUACUGUGCAUUUAUAAUAUAUCAGUCAACUGAUUUAAACAUUAAUCAUAUAAUUAUUAUAAUUUUAGAUAUAUUAUUAAAAAGGUUGUAAAUGAAGCAUUAUGAACGUGUAAUAAAGGAAUAUCACGAAAGAUAA